GCAGAUCCACGUUUGGUGUUCUUCCAGGCAUUUGCCCUUUUUGCCAGUGUCCAGGCCUUGACUCCAAGCCACUCCCUGAGCCACACAGAUGUGGAGAGGCUUAAAGAAGCUCUAGAACUUCCAUUGUCUGACUUGGAGAACGCUUAUUACUACAUUGUGGGAUUUGAGCACCUGGGUGCCAGCAUAGCAGAUGAAAAGGCUGCCUGUGAUUUCAUCCGCUCAAAUGCAGACACUAGUAACGUGGAUUCGCUGUUCUAUGCCGCUCAGUCAAGCCAAGGCCUGAACAACUGUGAGGUACCUAUCUCCAAUGAAACUCGUGAUUUGCUCCUUGGCGCUAUCAGUGAGGACUCCUCAGUCACCCAGAUAUACCAUGCAGUGGGUGCCCUUAGUGGCUUUGGCCUCCCCCUGGCUUCGCAAGAAGUAGUCAGUGCCCUUACCACCAGACUGAGCAAGGAAGAGAACGUCCUGGCAACCAUUGAAGCUCUGUUAACUGCCUCCAUGCUGUCCCAGCAAGCCGACCUGCGUGGCAUUGUGGAAGAAAUAGAAGAUUUGGUGGCACGUCUAGAUGACCUGGGGGGUCAGUAUCUACAGUUUGAGGAAGGUCUAGAAGCCACUGCUCUGUUUGUGGCAGCUACUUACAGCCUGUCAGACCACGUUGGCAUGGAGCCUGCUCUGAAGGAGGAACAGAUCGUCCAGCUGGUGAAUGCCAUCUUUAGCAGGAAGAACUUUGAUUCCCUUUCAGAAGCCUUCAGUGUAGCUUUUGCGGCCUCUGCUCUAUCCCACAAUCGCUACCACCUCCCCCUCAUAGUGGUGCCUGAUGGACCUGCUGCUGUGUCUCACAAACAGCCCCUCCUUAAGUUGCUGGUUACAAACGUCCUCUCUCAGCCAUUGACGGAAGCCAAAGUAACAGUGAAUCAAGCCAAGUCCUGCAGCACCAAAGCAACAGUGUUGCAGCAGGCUUCAUUUGCAGUCGCUGGAGACACAUUUGAAUUGAAUUUCAUGGAUUCCAAACCAGCUAGCGGGUACUACGACUUCUCUAUAAGUGUGGAGGGUGACAGUCGUUACCUGGCAAAUCAGGUUGAGCUGAAGGUAAAAGUGUCCACAGAGGUAGGAAUCAGCAAUGUUGACCUGUCUGUUGUAGACAAAGACCAGAGUAUCUCUCCUAAAACUACCAGGGUUGUGUUCCCCUCCAAAGCCAAGGGACCUUUCACUGCGGAUGGCCACCAGAACUUUGCUCUGUCUUUCCAGCUUUCUGAUGUGAACACAGGAGCCAGCCUGACACCACAUCAGACAUUUGUUCGGCUUCACAACCAAAAAACAGGCCAGGAAGUUGUGUUUGUUGCUGAGCAGACACCAAGGGCACCUACCGGUUUGAGCUGGACCCAUCUGAGAGGAAGUCAGAGUUUGACUCUGCAUCUGGAACGUAUACUCUGUACCUGAUAGUAGGAGAUGCUACCCUGGAGAAUCCAAUGCUUUGGAACAUGGCUGAUGUGGUGAUUAAGUUUCCUGAGGAAGAUGCUCCGACUCCUGUGCAGAGCAAGAACCUGUUCACUCCCAAACCAGACAUCCAGCACUUAUUCCGGGAGCCUGAGAAGCGACCUCCCAAUGUCGUAUCCAACACUUUCACUGCUUUGGUCUUGGCCCCGCUGCUCCUGCUCUUCAUCCUUUGGAUAAAGAUUGGUGUAAAUAUCUCCAACUUCAACUUUGCUCCCAGCACUCUGGUCUUCCAUCUGGGACAUGCAGCUAUGCUGGGCCUGAUGUAUGUCUACUGGACCCAACUGAACAUGUUCCAGACUCUAAAAUACCUGGCCAUGCUUGGAAUUGUCACUUUCCUUGCAGGAAACCGCAUGCUUGCCCAAAAAGCAGUGAAGAGGACUGCAGCUGAACAAAGCAGUAGGUUGGCAAAGUAUAGAACGCUUCGGUAA